UGCCAGUUAAGCACCGAAAACUUUCCAAAUCGACGCCCUAAUUGUGCGCGCGAUAGUUGUUUGGUCCCCUCCCACCCCCCGGUUAUCUCCCCCCCCGUAACGAGUCGCAUUUCUAGUUGUCAAGACAGUUACUGGCCACCUACAUCUUCGAAGCCUGCUCGUGUUUUUUUUGCACCGAUUUUGUCCUCUAAAAAAAAGGCCCUGCAGUCUAUAGCCAGCCCAAGAGCGCUCUGCUGCCAGGAAACCCUCAUAAAAAACCCGAAAAAAUCGCGGGGCACUUUUUCCACCCAAAGAAAGCCACCCGGACCCCACACCUACAGGCACCUCUUUUUUUCCCACCACAGAAGGGCCAUCGUAAAACGCAGUUCUCACCGAGAGACACACACCCCCUCCAACCGCCUACCGAAGGAAAGAAGAAAGAAAAAUUACGAGCAGCCCGCCAACGCACUUGGACUGUUCCCCUUGAUCGGCCGUCGCAAUCAUGGCGCCUUCUUUCGACCAUCUGCGCGAGGCAGAUCUCGACGAUGAGGAGUACGACGAGGAGGAGAUUGAUAUCUCCGACCUGCGCGAGAAGUACGAGGUUCAGCUGGAACAAGGAUACGACACCUUCGUGGUUAUUGAUGGCCUCCCCGAAGUCAACGAGGAGCAGAAGCCCAAGCUAGUCAAGUUCUUGUUGAAGAAGUUGAACUCGGUUGGAAAGACAAGAGAGGACUUGAUUUACAUGCCCAUGGGUGAGAAUGGAAAGUCGCUGAGAUUUGCCUUUGUCGAGUACUCAUCCCCCGGCGAGGCUGCCGCCGCCGUUCGCGGACUCGACCAGGUCCCUCUCGACAAGAAGCACACCCUCCGCGUCAACAAGCUCACCGACAUCGACCGCUACGGCCGCGAAGGCAAGGUCCAGGAGGAGUACACGCCGCCCUACAUUGAGGAGUUUACCGAGAAGGAGCACCUGAGAUCAUUCAUGAAGGAUCCCAGCGGCCGUGGCAGAGACCAGUUCGUCAUGUACCGUGGCGACACCGUCGGCGUCUUCUGGAACAACGAGAAGGACGUGCCCGAGAACAUCGUCGACCGCCAGAACUGGACAGACAGCUUCGUCCGGUGGUCGCCCCAGGGAACCUACCUCACCUCGGUCCACGCCCAAGGUGUUCAGAUUUGGGGCGGUGCCUCGUGGUCACGGCAGAGGCGUUUCCCCCAUCCCUUUGUCACCUUCUGCGACUGGUCCCCCUCCGAGAAGUACCUGGUGACAUGGUCUAACCGCCCCAUCUCCAUUCCCGACGAGGGCCACCCGGCCUUGUCCGUCGACGACGAUGGCAAGAACUAUGUCAUCUGGAGCGUCGAGUCCGGCAAGCCCAUCCGUUCCUUCGCCAACCUCGACAUGCCCGACUUGGACGAGGCUAAGCAGCGUAAGCUUCUCUGGCCCGCCUUCAAGUGGUCCGCCGACGGCAACUACGUCGCUCGUCUCAACUAUCAGACUGGUAUCUCCGUCUACGAGCUGCCCCGCAUGAACCUCCUCGACAAGACCUCGAUCAAGAUCGAGGGUAUCAUGGAGUUCGACUGGGCCCCCGCCACCCCGCAAAGAGAAGGAGUCAAGACGUACGAGCAGCUCCUCACCUACUGGACUCCUGAAAUCGGCAGCAAUCCCGCCAAGGUCGGUCUUAUGAGCAUCCCCAGCAAGGAGGUUGUUCGUCAACUGCCCCUCUUCAGCGUCUCCGACGCCAAGCUUCACUGGCAGUCCGACGCCGCGUACCUUUGCGUCAAGGUCGACCGUCACUCCAAAUCCAAGAAGUCCCAGGCCACGACGCUCGAGAUCUUCCGCAUCAAGGAGAAGGGCGUUCCUGUCGAGGUCGUCGAUACCAUCAAGGACACCGUCAUCAAUUUCGCCUGGGAGCCCAAGGGCGACCGCUUCGUCAUCAUCACGACGACGGAGCCCGCCGGCGCCGUCGCCGUCGCGCCCAAGACCUCCGUCGCCUUUUUCUGCCCCGAGAAGGCCAAGGGCAACACCGUCGGUAACUUCAAGCAUCUGCGCACCCUGGACAAGAAGAACAGCAACGCCAUCUACUGGUCCCCGCGCGGCCGCUUCGUCGUCAUCGCCACCGUCCACAACCAGCAGAGCUCCGACCUCGACUUCUUCGACCUCGACUUCGAGGGUGAGAAGCCUGAGUCCGACAAGGACUUGACGGCCAACCUGCAGCUCAUGAACACGGGCGACCACUACGGCGUCACCGACAUUGAGUGGGACCCCUCAGGACGCUUCGUCGCCACCUGGGCCUCCGCCUGGAAGCACUCUAUGGAGAACGGAUACCACAUCUACGACUUCAAGGGCGAGGCGCUGCGCGAGGAGGCCGUCGAGAAGUUCAAGCAGUGGGCCUGGCGCCCGCGCCCCCCCACGUUGCUCUCCAAGGAGGAGCAGAAGCAGAUCCGCAAGAACCUGCGCGAGUACAGCCGCGUCUUCGAGCAAGAGGAUAUGGACCGCGGCGCCUCGGCCGACCGCGAGGUCGUCGAGGCCCGCCGCCGCCAGCUUGCCGAGUGGGUCGCGUGGCGCGAGGACAUCGAGGCCGAGGCCGCCGAGGAGCGCAAGGAGCUCGGCCUGCCCCAGGACAUUGUCGCCUACCUCCUCUCUAAGAAGAUGGCGGCCAGCGAGGGCGAAGAGCAGGUUAUUGAGGAGAUUGUCGAGGAGGUCCUCGAGGAGUCGGAAGAGGUUAUCAACUAGAGGUAGACUGCAGUCGUGUGUGCGUGCGUGGUCGUGUAUGUGUGUGUAGACGAGGUCGCAACAGCCCGCAGCAGCAGCGGAAGCAGCAGUUCAAGCAGUCGCAGUUCCUGGAAGAAAACACAGAUGACGAGCGGGAGUGAAAGAGAAAAAAAACGGCAUCAAGGGGGGCCCGCUAGACGCUCUCGCCAGUUCACACAUUGUUUGUUCGUUGGGGACCAUCGGGCGAUGGUUGGGCAUUUCGCAGGAGGUUUAAUUCACGGACUUGAAGAC